UUUUGAUUACUGCACUAUAGGUCUAUAUAUCUCUCUAUAGCUUCAUGAGUUCCACACUACCAUGAAGCUGAUCAAGUUCUCUCUCACAACACCACACGCACUAAUUAUCCUUUCCCUCUUAAAAUUACAACACCUGUUCAAACAAAACCCCAAUUCAAGAAAACCAUAAAACCAAAAAACAUUUGUAUUGUUCCUUAAAAUCCACUGAAAUUAGCACAAAAGCUUCAAAACUAAAAAAGAAAGCAUCUUUUCUACGACAUAUAUAGUAGCUAAAGCCACACACACACACACUAAGAGAGAGAGAGAGAGAGAGUCUUUUAACAGCCUUUUCUCAGUACACUCCACAAACUUCUCUUUCCCUUCUAUAAAAUUCUGUCUUGAUUUCAGACAUUAUAUGCAGAUGUUGAAGCAUAUUUCUCUUUGUGCCUUUCAAUGCCCUUCCUUUUGAAAGAGGGUAAACAGACAAAAAAUUGAGAGUGGUGUGCUCUUUUCGUCUCAUUUUCUCCUUUUUCAUUGUUUAUAUAAUUUAUACCAAAAAUUAAUAAAUAAGUAAUUCGAAGGGUAUGUUGGACUACGCUUGGGGAAACCCGCCGCCGAUCAUGCUCUCCGGCGACGAUAGCCCCCACGAUCCCGAGCCGACCCGCCACGUCUUCAACCCUUACGCCGCCCAAAACUUCCCGGAAACCGCCGCCGCCAUCAUCAACACGGAAACCCACUUCGUCGCCGCCGGAGGUGGCGUCUGCGGCGGCCACCUCCCUUUCCCCCCACCGCAGAACCCAAACCCCCAAUUCACCACCCCAUUCUACGACCCACGCGCCACCUACGGCGCGUCCGCCACCUCCUACUCCCACCACCAGCCGCCGCCGAUGCUGACCCUCGAGCCGGCCGGGCCGAACGGAUUCUUGGUGGUCCCGAAAACCGAGCCGGCGGUGGUCGGGGGCGGGCUGGAGUUCAACGCCGUGGAGUACAGCAGCAGGAUCGGGCUGAACCUCGGCGGCCGGACCUACUUCGCCUCGUCGGAGGACGACUUCGUGAACCGGCUCUACCGCCGGUCCAGGAUCCUCGACUCCGGUUCGGGCAACUCGCCCAGGUGCCAGGCCGAGGGCUGCCACGCGGACCUGAGCCACGCCAAGCACUACCACCGCCGCCACAAGGUGUGUGAGUUCCACUCCAAGGCCGCCACCGUCAUCGCUGCCGGACUCACCCAGCGGUUUUGCCAGCAGUGCAGCAGGUUUCAUUUGCUGUCGGAAUUUGACAACGGGAAAAGGAGUUGCCGGAAAAGGCUCGCCGAUCAUAACCGGAGAAGAAGAAAGUCAUCGCAGCAAACUAAUAAUCAAGAAAACAGUAGCAAGCCACAGCUUGAUAACAAUGCAACUAAUUCCUCCGAUAGCUUAGCAAGGUCCCCACCGGAUUCCGGCCAGCUUUCGUCUUCUGUCACGGUGGCUAUUUCGCCGCCGAAAAUCUCUCUCGACUGCUUUGGACACAGAUCUUAUAAUGCUGGUGUGGGCCCCACCACCUCGUCCAGUGCUUCGACGAGCUCCCUUUUCUACUCCAACGGCGGCUGAUUGUAUAAUUUGCAAUCCAAUUGGAAUUUAUUGUAUAAUUUAAUUUUUUAGAGUUUCAAGAAUGACAAGGAAAUGUUCCAAGAAAAAUUUGGCAGCCCUUAAAAGCUUGAUAAGCUGCAGAAUUAAUUUUAGCUACGAUUAAGUACUGAUAAUAACACGGCACGUGGAGAUUUUAUUAUCAGCCAAUUUUUAUCAUAGAGUUCGCAGCACGUAGGUGUUAAUUAUUGACCUUUUGGCUAGUCAAAAUUUCAUGUCUUUGAAAAUCCAUUUUACCUGCAGCACAUUAUCAUUGUUG